CCGUGCAAACUGCCGGUCGUAAAAAGAGACAAAAGCGAAAGUGAUUAACUACAAAGCAUGUCUGCACAUGUAGAGGCAUGUUCAGAAGAACACACACGGACAAAGUCUGCAGGGAAAAACUGCAGGUUUCACCCUUUCCUCUGCUGAAGGAGAUAAUAAAGGAGUGAGGAACUAUUGGACCUGACUACCUGCUGGACCUGUGCAUCUGGUUGUAUCAGUGAUCUCGGUCAUAUUAUAAGAUUACUCAGUCUUUGGAUUUGAUAGCAUUUAUAAAGUAUUCAAAAGAGUCAAAGAGUAAAUUUAGUUUUAAUAGAAUGACAAAAUAAUUCAAUACAAAUCAAAAGUGCUGAUGUCAUGACUCAGUUAUUAUUGACUUUGUGGUGAUUGCUUUCUCUCAGUGAAAGAGUAAGAGUAAAGAGUAGACCCAUUGUUUUCCAGGCACAAAGGUUCUAUUGUAUGUUGUUGUUUUACUCUGCAGCUCAGCCACAGGUAUUCUGGGAAGUCCCACCUGUCUCUGCCUUUCAUUUCUUUCCAGAUAUGAGGACCUUAAUUAAAUCAAAACUCAAACAAACAAAGAUUUGGAACAGUCCCAGCUUUGAAACCACCUCUGCCAUUGAGGUCAUGCUUUCAGUGCUGUUUGUGUCUGUUGUUUGUCUGCGGGACGAAUGGAAAAACCCAUUUCUGUGUGACAAAAUUUGCACAAGUGAAGCUAAACAUGCAACGAAACAAACAACUUUUUUUGAGACGAGAAUUAGGUUGGAAAAACAAAAGAUGCAAUAGACUGUGGUUAGGGUUAGGAGCAUCUCUAGGAAAUCUGUGGCAUCCAACUGUGCAACCAACUUUAAACCCCUCGGUACAAUGCCGACCUUUGACAUUUCGGUGCUGUCACUUCCUCUGAAUUUGUGCUAUUCUCAGCAGUCGGCUGCAGGCUGUGCCGAGGAGAGGGUGUGCGUGUAGAAAGCUGGUCGGGUGAUGUUGUUGUACUGAUAUCAUUGUGUUAUGAACAGCCUUUAAGAAAAUAAAUCUCCCUCUGGUUGCAUUCUCUUUGCGUCAUACUCAGAGAAAAUGUGUCAACCACGAGAGCAAAUAAAAACAUAAAAAUGUGAUAAAUAUACUUCUGCUGCUGUUCCCUGAUGUUAAACAGUUUUUAGGAGUUGCCCUCUUUGCUGCUUUCAUGUAUCAAUACGUUUCUUUUACCAUUAAAGGGUAAUGUUUCUUGAAAAAGCCUACACAUAAAGGUAAUGUAAAAUGUGUUUGAAUAACCACGCUCAGUGUGCUUUGAACAACUACAGUGAAGACUAAAUGUUUCCAAAUUUAUCUGACACUUGCACACAUUAACUCUGAGCCUCCAACUGAUGCAACAGAAAUAUCUGUUUCAUCAACCAUUCCUCAUAACUUCAAGGUUAUGAGUUCAACUCGACUGAAAUUUCUGUGGUUCUGUCUGGUAUUCAGAAGCGAAUCAAAGCUUCCUAUUUACAUGACAAAACAUCACGUUAAAGAAAGUAAAACAUCUGACAUUUGUGGUUUUAUACUGUAAAGCCGACACACAUCCUGCGCCAACGAGGUCUACACGAGUACCUGACACGAGUGUUUUCAGGGGUGUGAUGCAGCCCCUCUCGAUCAGUCAGCCUGAGCAGCAUGGAGAUCACGACACUGUGCACGAUUGUCGCGUCGCUGAGCGUCUUUCCCAGCAGAAUCCAGUUCUUUCGGUAUGAGUCCGUUACCCUGAUCUGUGGGGAGCAUGGAAACUCAUCUGAAUGGAGAGUUGUGAGAAACACAUCCAGACAUAUAAACGAAGAGUGUGCCGCAACCAGGGGAAAGUGCUUCAUUGAUACUGUUUACCAGUCAGACAGUGGAGUGUACUGGUGUGAGUCAGGAGCUGGAGAGUGCAGCAACGCUGUCAACAUCACUGUGACCGGUGGUCAUGUGGUCUUGGAGAGUCCUGUCCAUCCCGUUCAGGAGGGAGAACCUGUGACUUUGCGUUGCACAAAUGAAAUGACUUCCUCCUCUAAUCUGACAACUGAAUUUUAUAAAGAUGACAUCCUAGUUGGGAGUAGCUCUACGGGAAACAUGACCAUCCACAGUGUUUCCACGUCCGAUGAAGGUGUCUACAAGUGUAAGAUCUCCGGAGCUGGAGAAUCUCCGGACAGCUGGCUGGCUGUGAGAGAAGCCGGGCGUCCUGAAUCUUUUCACUACCCUCUUGCACACAUUCUUCUUCCUGUGGUGGGCGUCUGCCUCUCGUUCGCCUCGGUGAUGCUGCUGUGCCUCUGGAGGAGUUGCAAAGUGAGAAAUGCUGCAGGUGAAACCGACUCUGAUGUGUCGUACGUCGAUGUCGUCAUCCCACAGGAAGUUCAGCCGAAGAUGCACAGAGAAACAGAUCCUACGCCGACCAUCUACUCAACCCUCCAACCAUGGACCACCUGAGAGGAAACCAGUGUUUUAUACUGUGUAUAAUUCUCUGUAUUAAACAGAUUUGUUAUUUUUUA